AUGGCCAAUACAAGAGAUGAGAACGUAGCUACUUUCCGUGGCUCUGAAUACCUGUGCUAUGACCUCUCUCAGAACCCCAUUCAAAGCAGCAGCGAUGAAAUCACACUCUCCUUCAAGACAUGGCAGCGCAACGGGCUUAUCCUGCACACGGGCAAGUCGGCUGAUUAUGUCAACUUGGCUCUGAAAGACGGUGCCGUCUCACUGAUCAUUAACUUGGGAUCCGGAGCCUUUGAAGCCAUUGUGGAGCCAGUCAGUGGCAAAUUUAAUGACAACCAAUGGCACAACGUAAAAGUGACUCGCAACCUGCGGCAGGUGACGAUCUCUGUGGAUGGAAUCCUCACCACUACUGGCUACACACAAGAGGAUUAUACUAUGCUUGGCUCAGAUGAUUUCUUCUAUGUCGGUGGAAGUCCCAGUACAGCUGAUUUACCUGGGUCUCCUAUCAGCAAUAAUUUCAUGGGUUGUCUGAAAGAG